GGAUUUUGGGAAGUUGUAUUUAACGCCUGUCCGCUUGACUUCUUGACAGCUCGGAUAGUGCACUGAAUGCCACGCCCAUCUAACUGCCGGAGUUAUUUCGUCUUCUUUCCCAAAUUCAUCGAUUUUUAGGGCUUCGGCUUCUGCAUAAUUCUCUAAUCUCUGAUCUUUCUAUACGCACGGAUGCUUGACAAAUAUACACAAAUCUCUUCCUCUAUUGCAAAUUUUUCGUUUGGAAUUUGGCAAUCGGGGCUGUAGCGGAAGGAGCCAUGCCGUUGCGGUUUCCAUGGAAGAAGAAGAAGACCGGUACCCGAAUUUCCCAGAUGGUGAAGGAUCAAUUUCAUCGGAGAAAAAACGCCGCGUCGCCGCUCGUCGUCGAGACAGGUUUCCCCACUUCCAUCGUCGAUCUCAUCGUUAAUCAUCGUGAUAGGUUCAAGAAGCCGUCGUCUCCUUCUCUCCGCUCGAAGAAAAACAAUCCUCCGCCGCCCCCGCCUUUAAUCGAUGAUCCCGAUUUCGUCUCUCCGCCCCAAUCGCCGCCGCCGUCUAUAUCUCUGACUUCUCCCGCUCUUCUGAUCUCCCCUCCAAGAAUUGCAGUUCCUAUUGCUGGUGAUCAAGAAAGCGAUGCCCCGAGUCACAGAGGAGAAUCGCAGGACAUAGUUAUUCAAGGGGAAGAUGGUAUCUGCAACGCUAUGAAACCCAAUAGGGUGUUAGUGGUUGUUCUAAAUAUUUUCUUAAUGGUUGUUUUGGCUCUGGGGACGAAGAAGUUCGCUUUGGGGAUCACCGUGUCGGCGUUCCUGUUGUUCUUUCUUGAGUACCUGGGAAAACACGUGUCCGGGGUCUUCGAACCCUAUUCCAAAGCGAAGGAGAGGCUGAGGCCGAUAGUGAUGGGAGCCUGGAGUUUUGUGAGCUCUAAAAUGGGUAGAUUAGAGGAAGAGGAUUGCGUUUUCAAGUCGCCACUAGUUGAGUCAGUAAGCCCACCAGUCUGCUCUUUUGCGAAGAGUGAUGGAAAAAGUAGUGUAAUUCAAGAAAUUGAAAUCGAAGAGCUCGAAGAGGUUCAAUACAGAAAUGAUAUAAGUUAUGAAAAAUCCCUUUUUGAUCGGGAAUUGAAAUGUGAAGGAGAUUUGGAGGUUCGGAUGGAGAAAGAAACAGAAGUUAGAAGUGAAUUUUCUGAAUUCAAGAUAGGAGAGUCUCACAAGGCCAAGAUAAAAUCCAAAAUGAAAAUAGUUGUUCCAAAGAAGUUUAGAAGCUUCAGGAAGAAACCAAAAGACUUGGAAACUGAGUUAACCCCAACUGGGUACGGUAACUUUUCUGUUCUUGAGGAAAAGGAAUACCAUCAAGAGUUAGAAUUCGAACACGAAAGCAAAUUGAAUGGAAUUGUCAAUGUGAGAGAUGCUUGUGAUGCCAUAAGCAGUUCUGGGGAAUUGAUUGAUGGAGUAGUGGAAACAAUGGUAGUUGCCAAAGACAAUUCAAUACAAAAAGAGGAGAAUUCUGGAUAUAUGGUUCUCUUUUUGAUUGCCCUUCUUGGUCUAGUUGGAGGUCGAGUCUUUGCACUUCUGUUUAUCUUGGCAUGGUGCUUCUUGUCGAGAUCGAGAGAAGCAAUAAGGAGAUGCUUAAAUGUGCCUACAGUGAGAAGAUACUUUAUAAAUACUGAUGAAUUUGGAUAAAAGAAUGAAAACAAUCAGAACUGUGAGCGGAGACUCUUAAUAGUGGCACGGUUGACUUGGAA